AUGCCCUCGCUGUCGUUGGCAGAUACCCUCCCGCUGCCAAACUCCUCAGUGCGCAUCCCCCGCCUGGGGUUCGGCGUCUACCAGUCGUCGCCCUCGGUUUGCGUCCAGUCAUGCCUCGCCGCGUUACAAGUAGGCUACCGGCAUAUUGACACGGCACAAUUCUACCGCAACGAGGCGCAGGUCGGCGAAGCAGUCAAGAAAUCGGGUCUUGCGCGCUCGGAAGUGUUCGUCACCACCAAGAUCCUGUCUCCGGGAGGCAGCAUCGAGAAAUCAUAUCAGAAGUGCAUCGACAGUGUGGAAAAGAUCGAUUCAGGCGGAUAUGUGGAUCUGUUUCUGAUACAUAGUCCCAACGCAGGGGGGAAGGCACGGAAAGAAAUGUGGCUGGCUCUGGAGAAGUUGUACGAGGAGGGCAAAGCAAAGAGCAUCGGCGUGAGCAAUUAUGGAGUGGGCCAUAUCGAAGAGAUGAAGAGCUAUGCGAAGGUCUGGCCACCACACGUGAAUCAGAUCGAGCUUCAUCCUUGGUGCCAACAGCGCACCAUCACUUCCUACUGCCAGAAGCAGGGUAUUAUCAUCGAAGCGUACUCGCCUCUCGUCCGAAAUUACAAGGCCAACGAUCCGGCGCUGGUGUCCCUGGCCAAGAAAUACAACAAGUCCACCGCUCAGAUACUGAUCCGAUACUGCCUGCAGAAGGAUUGGGUGCCGUUGCCGAAAAGCGACAAUCCAGAGCGGAUCAAGCAGAACGCAGAUGUUUAUGGCUUUGAGAUCUCAGCCGAGGAUGUAGGCACGUUGGACAGCCUCGAUCAGGGAGACGCAGGUGCAAUCGUCCAGGCUGUGAGCAAUGAAUACAUUAUUUCCGAUUCGCACUAG